AUGCUGGAGCUACGUCCAAAUCCGUUAAGAAACAGUCGCUGCUUAUGGACUUGGAAGCCUAACCAGUACCCAAGCGUGGUCGAACUUCAGAAUAGCCGAGGGCUGUUUUUUUCGUUGAAGACGAAGAGGGUCUUACUAAGCCCAUCACCACUGCUUGCCCGUCAAAGACAGUUCAAUUUGCGAACCACAUGA